AUGGAUGUGAAAUCAGCGUUCUUAAAUGGUGUACUUGAGGAGGAGGUAUAUCUCGAACAACCUCCAGGUUUCAUGAAAGUCGAACAAGAAAGAAAAGUGUUAAGGCUGAAGAAGGCUUUGUAUGGGCUGAAGCAGGCACCGCAAGCUUGGAAUACCCGUAUUGAUUCUUAUUUCAAGAAGGACAGAUUUGAGCAAUGUCCAUAUGAACAUGCCAUGUAUGUGAAGAAGAAAGAAGGUAAUAUUUUACUGGUUGCUUUAUAUGUUGAUGAUCUAAUCCUCUUGGGAAAUGAUGAAGGGAUGAUACAAGACUUCAAGAAGAAAAUGACAAAAGAGUUCGAGAUGACGGAUCUCGAUCUGAUGAGGUACUUCCUUGGUCUGGAAGUCAGACAAGACAAAUUCGGGAUCUUCGUAUCUCAAGAAGGUUAUGCAAAAGAUAUCCUGAAGAGGUUCAAAAUGAUAGAUUGCAAUCCGGUUUCAACUCCUAUGAAACCCGACUUAAAACUUUUGAAGUAUGACGGAGGAGAAAAAGUUGAUCCGAGUAAUUACCGGAGUCUAGUAGAAUGUUUGAGGUAUUUAACUUGUACGAGGCCAGACUUGUGUCUAAGUGUUGGGAUUAUAAGCCGGUUCAUGGAAGAUUCGAGCUACACACAUUGGAAGGCGGCAAAGAGGAUAUUGAGAUAUGUUCAAGGAACAAUCUCGCAAGGACUUCAUUAUUCGAAGUCAGACAAGUACAAGCUGGUGGGAUAUUCAGAUAGCGAUUGGUGUGGAGAUGUUGAUGACAGGAAGAGCACGGCUGGCUAUGUGUUUUUCAUGGGAAACACGGCAUUCACGUGGGUGCCAAAGAAGGAACCCAUUGUGACUUUAUCUACAUGCGAAGCCGAGUACGUUGUUGCAUCUUGGUGCGUUUGUCACGCAAUGUGGCUGAGAAAUCUAUUGAGUAAACUAAAGCAAGAACAAGUCGACCCAACCGAGAUCCGGGUUGACAAUAGGUCUGCAAUCGAGUUAGCAAAGAACUCGGUCAACCAUGAGAGGAGUAAGCAUAUAGAUGUUGCCAACGUUGCUGUUAGAAAAUUUCAAGAAGAAGAUUGGGAUGAAGGAUGGUCGAAGAAUUUAAAGCUUAUGGGGGAGUUUUGUUGGAUAAGGUAUAAUGAAUGUUAA